GCCCAGGAGAAGCGAGCGCGAUGAAGGACCGAACGCAGGAGCUGCGCACGGCCAAGGACAGUGAUGAUGACGAUGAAGUUGCUGUUGGCGUGGAUCGGGAUCGUUUUAUGGAUGAGUUUUUUGAGCAGGUGGAAGAAAUUCGUGGGUUCAUAGAGAAGAUCUCAGAAAAUGUGGAAGAGGUGAAGAGAAAGCACAGUGCCAUCCUCGCUGCCCCAAACCCUGACGAGAAAACCAAGGAGGAGCUGGAGGAUCUGAUGUCUGAUAUCAAGAAAACGGCCAACAAAGUGCGCUCCAAGCUAAAGAGUAUUGAACAGAGUAUUGAACAAGAGGAAGGGCUGAACAGAUCAUCAGCGGACUUGAGAAUAAGGAAAACGCAACAUUCCACUUUAUCACGGAAGUUUGUGGAGGUGAUGUCAGAAUAUAAUACAACCCAGACUGAUUACCGGGAGCGUUGUAAAGGGAGAAUCCAAAGACAGCUGGAAAUCACUGGCAGGACCACCACCAGUGAAGAACUGGAGGACAUGCUGGAGAGUGGGAAUCCAGCUAUCUUCUCCUCUGGGAUCAUCAUGGACUCCAACAUUACAAAGCAGGCACUGAAUGAGAUUGAGACACGGCACAGUGAGAUCAUCAAGCUAGAAAACAGCAUCCGUGAGCUUCAUGAUAUGUUCAUGGACAUGGCCAUGUUGGUGGAAAGCCAGGUGAGAGCUGCUGCGGAAGGAUGGACUUCUUUACUUAUGGCACACCAGGUGGCAACAUUUAGUCCUGUGUUGAUUAGUCUCCGGUCUGCACUAUCCUCUGCUAGAGAUACUGCAAUGGUACCUUUGCACUAUAGUUCCUACAUUAAAAAGAGGGUUGGGAUAAAUGACUUCGUUAGUUCUAUGGCCUGGAUUACACAAAUAAAUUUCUGUUGAUCCAAACUUCCCUAUACCACCUUGUUUUGAACAUCUUAAGUUUUCAUUUCAUGACUCGCUUUGUUUACUGUGUUAACUCAUUUUUGUUUUCAUGUGGUGUAUUAAAACAUAGACUAACAUAACUAAAUGCCCCCCCAAAAAAUCAAAGUUAGAGCUAAACAUCUUUUCAAUGUUAUGCAAAAUGCAAUUAUUUAGCUCUUAUCGGACUUGGUUAAGCAUGUUGUUCCAAUUAUGAUGGUCCAGUGAGAUCAAGUCCACCACAUCUGAUUUGUUCAACAUUUACUGCAGUUUGAGCUUAAAGAUUAUCCGUAAGAGGGACAAGAGAGAAUCCUGACCAAGAGAGAAUAAGGAAGAAGCAAAGUGUAGGAAUUUGAUCCUGCAAUUUUUCUUCCAUUAUUGUGCAAAGCCCUACACAAUGUGAUCAUGCUUUGUAUAUCAUUGUAUACUAGUGCUGAUAACCCGGCAUUGCCCAGGUAUUUAUUUAUAGGAGGAAAAUGUCCGGACCAAACAUAAUUUCUAAU